CUCAAAACUCCGCAGCCAAAUCAUGGCGACUAAACUAAACGUUGUGACUUUCCUUCUCAACGCAAUUCUGCUGGCAGUGACCUCCAGAUGCACGACGGCAUUAUCCAAUUCACAUUCAGUGGUGAGAGGCGCUUACUGGUUUGAGCAAUCGAUCUUCCCUGCUUCAGCCAUAAACUCAUCAUUGUACACUCACAUCUACUACGCUUUCCUCGCGCCAAACAGCAUCACAUACAAAUUACGAGUAUUUAAUUUAACGGCCGAAAGCCUCUCGAGAUUCACGAGUAGCAUCAGAACCAAAACCCCUCCCCUAAAAACUCUCAUCUCCAUCGGCGGAGCAACCAGUAAUCCUGCCGUGUUUGCUCAGAUCGCCUCCAACCAUACUUCGAGAAAAACCUUCAUAGAUUCCACCAUUGAGGUAGCGAGAAAUUUCGGCUUCGAUGGGCUUGAUCUAGACUGGGAAUUCCCGCGAAAUUCCACAGAAAUGGAAAACUUUGGCAUACUCCUCCAAGACUGGCGCAACGCAAUUCUCCAUGACGCCAAAAGCAGAGGCCGACCGCCGCUGCUUCUCACUGCCGCCGUGUACUUCACCGUCGACUUCUUCCUAUCCGUCACCAGCCGCACAUACCCGGUGGCUUGCAUCAACAACAAUCUGGACUGGAUCAACGUAAUGUCCUACGAUUAUCACGGGUCCUGGAAUAACCAAACCGGACCUUUAGCUUCAUUGUUUGACCCGAACAGCAAUGUGAGCUCCGUACAUGGGCUUCGAUCGUGGAUUAGAGCCGGGCUUUACCCACAUAAGAUUGCAAUGGGCAUACCUCUUUAUGGGAGAACGUGGAAGCUACGAAACCCGAAUGUGCAUGGAAUCGGGGCUCCGACUGUUGGUGUGGGCCCAGGAGGUGCAAUGGCGUACUUCCAGGUGGAAGAGUUUAACAAAAGAACAGGUGCCACGGUGGUGCAUGACGUGGACACAGUGUCAGUGUAUUCUUAUUCUGGAACCUCCUGGAUUAGUUUUGAUGAUUCACUGACCGUAACAACGAAGAUUGGAUUUGCUCAAGUUUUUGGGCUUCGUGGAUAUUUCUUUUGGGCUGCUGGUUUUGAUGGCAACGGAAAAAUCUCCAGACAAGCUUCGAAGGCAUGGAUCAUGAGAUAAAUGAGAGUGGAUCAAUGGCUGACUCAACAUUAAUCGAUGGUGCUUUAAUUUUAAUCAUUUUGAGAAUUGAAAAAAAAAAUGAAUGAAAAUUUGGUAAAUGUAAAAUGUAAUAUGUGAGCCUAAUUCGUUCUCUCCCCCUUUUUUCCCCUAAAUUUAAUUUUUACAUUUCUUUUCAAGCUUUGCUCCAUAUUCAUUGUUCAAUAAUAAAUUUUGUUCCAUAUUCAA